GGGGACCCUGGGCCCAUCUCUCCCUGCGCACCAGGCUGAGCCGAAGCUGCGGGGGCAGGCCGGGCCUGCUGUCACCUCGCUGGGCUCUAAGAUUCGCCUCCACAGAUAUCAAAAGAAACCUGAAGAGCCUACAAAAAAAGAGAUAAAGACAAAAUUCAAGAAAACACACACAUACAUAAUUGUGGUGAGUGGGCAUCAUUUAAAUAAUAAUUUCCAGUACAUUUCCAUCUGUAACUCAAGGUGGCCAUCUCAAAAUUCAUACAUCAAGACAUAGAACAAAGGGCAGCUUUGAAGUGGGUCACUUCAGUAUGAACUACCACCCGUUACAUGAAAACCGAUCAUUGGCCUUCAAAUUUAUGGCGCUUUAAUGGGGCAAGCCCAGUGCCUUAAAUACAGGGUGCAUUACAGUAUUGAGUUAUCUGGGCUAAAUAAGAGUGAUUUAGAAGGCGCGUCCAGGUCUUCUUAUAGAGCAAAAGAGGCUCAAGCUUAGAGAUCGGGAGAACUUGGGCGGAACGUAAAGAAGUCCCCUUUCGAGCAAACCCGAAAACCAGUGGUUUCGAAUCCCGAAGUAGCAAAGCCAACAGGAAAGGGAGAAUCGUUGCUCGGUUCCAGUGAAUUCGUAGGGAUGCUCAGCAAAAGUCUUGGCCGCCAGAAAGAGAUCCGUGGGCUUCUGACCCUGGUUUAGGCAAAACAGGGGGAGGCGCCGAGACCAGCUCGAGCACUAGCGGAUUUUGAGAGAAACUGACCGCAACCUCCAUCGCCUUCCCCCUCUCUUUCAACUUGGAUGGGCUGACUCUACCCGUCGGUGAUUUACGACGAUUGCAGCGCUAGUCACAGCCUGGCGCCUGGUGCCCCCUCCCUUCCCAAGCCCCCUCAGCUUUUCUACUGCCACCGGCGUACAAGCAAGUGCCGAGCCGGCCUCCGCGAGUCGGACUAGCCUCCCGGCGUCCGAGGCCACCACGGGCAGCAGAUUUUUGGUCCCCAGCGAGGCUGCGCGCGUUCGUCCCGCCUCCGACCGCCGAGCAGAGCUGCUAGCAGAAGCAGGCGCCGGUCACUUUAUAUAAUCCUGCUGCUCGCAGGGUGCAAGAGCGGGAAAAGUGCGGAGUAGGGAAUUCUUUUGCUGCGCUGCCUCCUACGCGGAGCCUGCUUUCCACUUCUGAAAAGUGCCGGGCCUUGGGAAGUGUUUUUCUUUUCAUUCCUUACCGAAGCGUUUACUGCCGCCGUGGUCGCAGUCAUAAAUUUUGCUACAAACCACAAUGACAGGUGCAUUGAUAUGCACCGUGAGAGCUCCAGCUGCUUAAUAACCCCGUCCCCUGGUCGCUGUGAGCGCCUUUUAUUUAUUUGGUAUCAUAUUAGGUAUUGAUCUCUAGUAGAAUUAAGUGCGGUGAGCAACUAUCAGUGUUCGGCUGCUUUGGAGGCGCUUUGGAGGCGCAGCGGUUGCGGCGGGCCGGCGGGCCCGGGGAAGCGGGCGGUGGCCGCUCAGAGAAUACCUUCCUUCCGGCAGGAGACCGUUUGGCCCUGUAUUCCGGGCCUGCGGUUGGGCCUCCAAGCUGAGUUGGGCAACUUCCCAGCACCGCAAGAAAGGGCGAGCCAGACCUAUUUGGCACCCCUUUCCCAGGAGGAGCAGGGGAUGGCACCGGCGGAGUUUGGGGAGGCUGCCCUGGCCAGUUCCCCGGGCUAGAGGGUGGAGGAGAGGAGGAGGGAGAGGAAAGGGCAGCUGAGGACUUGGAAGAAAUGAGAAGCCCUGCUCGACCAACCCUCCCCCAACACUGGCUCAUCUUCACCCCAAGACAUUUGGGUCUUGGAGCCCAAAUGAGCAAAGGUACCAAAGGGCGAGAAAAGAAAGGCUUUAAAAAAAGGGUGAGGGGGUGAUCGAAAAGAUGAGCCACUGAACAGUUGACCAUUGUCCAAGUGAUUUAUGACCCGUUCCUGCUUUUUAGGUUCAAGCAGAGUUCACAAGGAGUAGGGAUUUCUGAAAAGAAAUAAGCCUUUUUACCAGUUUUGUAACUAUAUUCUCAGGUUUUGUUUUAAGAGGGAUCACUUUUGGGAAGCUGCAUUUUUGGGGGACUGCAAAGCCAUUUCCAGUAAGGACAGCACCAUCACUGGCUCUUGCUUUUGGGAAAAUGGACAUUAAGGUAGUGGAUUGUCAUUGAGUGGGAAAUUUCUUGAGACAAUGUAAACAGGAAAACAGACUCUGGUUUUUCAGGAAGAUGCCCAAUAUUUGUACUUUUGAGGUCUGUACACAGAACUUUUUCUAGGAAUAUGCCAUAGGAGCAAAUAUAUAUAUAAAGCCAUCUGUCCCAGAACUGGUCAGUUCCUAAGUAAGCUAUUUUAACGUGACUGGUUCACCUAUCUAGAUCAACUUUGUCAACUUGGGAGGCAGGAGGGUGGAUGUUUUGCUUCCACAGUUGUAAAUGGAAUGACAGAGCAGCAGCAAGUUCUGGUAGUCUGAGUGAACGAUGUGACCAUUAGGCCUCCAGAGGGUUAAGACUGAAAGCAGGAUACCAGAAAAGCCUGAAACAUAACCAAAUCCAGAGUGCCUCUUUCUUCAGCAGGGGGCAAACAUAUGUAAGUAUUAGUCACAGAAUGAAGACUUAGCUGUCCAUUUGAUAUCCAGUAACUUUUAACAGAGAAUGAUAUAUAAAAUUAAUCAAAAGAAAAAUUAAGUCCAGCUUUGUUAAGUAGAUAUCCUACCUACCUACAUUUAAGAACAAUAAUGGAAACAAUUUCUACAACAUAGUAUCUUGGUAUUAAGGGCCUGUUCCUCAUCAAGACAAAUGGCAUACUCACUUAUAUUCUAAAACAAAACAAAACAAAAAGGGCAACAACACUACCUACCAAAGACUAAUUAGAAGAAUUUUAAAAUUUGGGUUAGGCUGUUUGGUGCAGGUGGAGAGAAAACUAGUGAAUCAUUUUGGUACCUGUGGUCAAAUCCAUUAGGCCACAUAAGCUGUCUAGAUGAUGUGGUACAUCACGAUGACCAGGAUGGAAGCCAGGGAGAGUUUCUAGGAAGGAAAGUUGCCUGAAAGACAGAUCAAGAAUUGAGACCAGGGAGCUGACCUAUGAGUUUUCUUUAUCAAACAGACAAAGUGAUUGAAUGGUAUUAGUUAUACUUUAACUCUUUAGGAGCCUUUCAGAAGAAGUAGGGAGGCAGGGAGAGAAGGGAAACCCCCAUAAAGAAGGGAAUACAAAAGGGGUAGGAUUUUUCUUAGCUUUUUUUUCUUCUUCUAAUUCUGGGUCCAUUCAUCAUGUCAUGAAAGGUUCUCUCAUUGGUUGUGGUUUGGGUGGGAGGUAGGGUAGAAUAGAUUAUCCAGAGCAGAUAUCAAUAAUAUCUAUUUAUACAAUAGAUCCAAGGCAAAAAUAAUAAAGUUAUAAAGCAUUCUCCAUUCACCCAUGUUCCAUGCCUUUCAAAUUCUAGAUCUCUUUGCCCAUUUCCAGUGGUAUCUGUUUAAAAGUAGGGGAGGUCAAAAGUAAAAGGUCUAGAAAAAUGUAAAUGAAGGAGAAGAAACAUUUUCUAGCCUCAAAAUGAGUCUGGAAGUCUGCAAGUCCUCCUGUUGGCGUUUAUCCCCUAGUUUUCUACAUUGUAGAUUUUACACUGCUGAUUCAUAGAGCUUACUCAGCUGAUUUUCACCCUGUCGUCGCUAAGUGGACUAUCUGGACUUUCAUGCAAGAUGCUGUGAUUUUGAAACCAGGUGGGGGGAGACCCUUUUUUUUUUUUAAGUUCUGGCUGUUCUGAGCAUGUUAUAGGACUUUCAUUUCCCAUCAAAACCUUGUGCUGACCCAAUGAUUGAUUGAUCCACUUAUUAAUUCACCUAUUCAACAAGCAUUUAUUGCACUAACUACAUGCAGGGCACUGUGCUGGAUGUUAGGAACAGUAGACAAAUGACACAGCCCCUGCCUGCAAGGAGCUUACAGUUUAGUGGGCGAAUCAGCCAACAAAAUGUCUGAGGCUAUAAGUACUUUUCCACACAGAAGAAAGGCUAAAUGGACAAUCUUGAAGAAAGUAAAUUGUAUCUGGAGGUAGAGGGAAGCCCUUUCCCUCAGCUACAGUUGAGCUAAAAAGAAGGAAACUCUUCUUACAUUUAGGAAAAAUUCCUUCUGAUUCUUCCAGAGGUUCAAAUAAGUUGAACUUCAUAAAAUCUGCCAGGCGCAGUGGCUCAUGCCUGUAAUUCCAGCACUUUGGGAGGCCAAGACAGGAGGAUCACAAGAGCCCAGGAACUCAAGACCAGCCUGGGCAACAUUGUAAGACCCUGUCUCUACAAAAAAAAAAAAACAACAAAAAAAAAAAAACAAAAAAAAAAACUAAGAGCUGGCGCAGUGGCUCACACCUGUAAUCCCAGCACUUAGGGAGGCCCAGGCAGGUUGAUCACCUGAGGUCAGGAGUUCAAGACCAACCUGACCAACAUGGUGAAACCCUGUCUCUACUAAAAAUAUAAAAAAUUAGCCAGGUGUGGUGGCAGGUGCCUGUAAUCCCAGCUACUCAGGAGGCUGAGGCAGGAGAAUUGCUUGAACCCAGAGGCAUAGGUUGCAGUAAGCUGAGAUCAUGACACUGCACUCCAGCCUUGGCAACAGGAGCGAAAUUCCAUCUAAAACAAAACAAAACAAAACAAAACACUAAGACAUGUAGCCAGGCAUGGUGGGCACCUGUAGCUACUGCAGAGUAGCUGGGACUCUGAAAUACUCUGAAAUAGCUAUUAAUACUGCAGAAUAGCUGGGACUCUGAAAUACUCUGAAAUAGCUAUUAAUACUGCAGAAUAGCUGGGACUUUGAAAUACUCUGAAAUAGCUAUUAAUACCAGGCUAAAGUGGGAGGAUCGCUUGAGCCCAGUAAAUUGAGGCUGCAGUGAGCCAUGUUCAUGCCACUGCACUCCAGCCUGGGCAACAAGCAAGACACUGUAUUAAUAAAUAAAUAGAUAAGUAAAUAAACUCAGAUCCAGCACCUUGCCCAUCUCCCCACCGUGAAGUGGGUAGGAAGCAGAGAGCAUGGGCUAGUCCUUCUAUAUUGACUGGUCUUGCCAAUGACACUCCCUCUGGGGCCUCUUGCUUUUCUUCUGACAGGUCACCUGGAGCCUGGGGGCUGGCCCAGCUCUCUCAGGAUUCAGCAGACAUUGGAGGUGGCAGUGAAGGAUACAGUGGUAGUCAAUGUUAUUUGAGCAGGGUCAGCAGGCCCUGAAGCUUCCUGAGUGCACAAUGCAGAAGGCUGCUUACUAUGAAAACCCAGGACUGUUUGGAGGCUAUGGCUACAGCAAAACUACUGACACUUACGGCUACAGCACCCCCCACCAGCCCUACCCACCCCCUGCUGCUGCCAGCUCCCUGGACACUGACUAUCCAGGUUCUGCCUGCUCCAUCCAGAGCUCUGCCCCUCUGAGAGCCCCAGCCCACAAAGGAGCUGAACUCAAUGGCAGCUGCAUGCGGCCUGGCACUGGGAACAGCCAGGGUGGGGGUGGUGGCAGCCAGCCUCCUGGUCUGAACUCAGAGCAGCAGCCACCACAACCCCCUCCUCCACCACCGACCCUGCCCCCAUCUUCACCCACCAAUCCUGGAGGUGGAGUGCCUGCCAAGAAGCCCAAAGGUGGGCCCAAUGCUUCUAGCUCCUCAGCCACCAUCAGCAAGCAGAUCUUCCCCUGGAUGAAAGAGUCUCGACAGAACUCCAAGCAGAAGAACAGCUGUGCCACUGCAGGAGAGAGCUGCGAGGACAAGAGCCCGCCAGGCCCAGCAUCCAAGCGGGUACGCACGGCAUACACGAGCGCGCAGCUGGUGGAAUUGGAAAAGGAAUUCCACUUCAACCGCUACUUGUGCCGGCCGCGCCGCGUGGAGAUGGCCAACCUGCUGAAUCUCACGGAACGCCAGAUCAAGAUCUGGUUCCAGAACCGGCGCAUGAAGUACAAGAAGGACCAGAAGGCCAAGGGCAUCCUGCACUCGCCGGCUGGCCAGUCCCCUGAGCGCAGCCCACCGCUCGGCGGCGCCGCUGGCCACGUGGCCUACUCCGGCCAGCUGCCGCCAGUGCCCGGCCUGGCCUACGACGCGCCCUCGCCGCCUGCUUUCGCCAAAUCACAGCCCAAUAUGUACGGCCUGGCCGCCUACACGGCGCCACUCAGCAGCUGCCUGCCACAACAGAAGCGCUACGCAGCGCCGGAGUUCGAGCCCCAUCCCAUGGCGAGCAACGGCGGCGGCUUCGCCAGCGCCAACCUGCAGGGCAGCCCGGUGUACGUGGGCGGCAACUUCGUCGAGUCCAUGGCGCCCGCGUCCGGGCCUGUCUUCAACCUGGGCCACCUCUCGCACCCGUCGUCGGCCAGCGUGGACUACAGUUGCGCCGCGCAGAUUCCAGGCAACCACCACCAUGGACCUUGCGACCCUCAUCCCACCUACACAGAUCUCUCGGCCCACCACUCGUCUCAGGGACGACUGCCGGAGGCUCCCAAACUGACGCAUCUGUAGCGGCCGCCGCCAGCCCGAACUCGCGGCAAAAUUACCUCUCUUGCUGUAGUGGUGGGGUAGAGGGUGGGGCCCGCGGGGCAGUUCGGGAACCCCCUUCCCCGCUCUUGCCCUGCCGCCGCCUCCCGGGUCUCAGGCCUCCAGCGGCGGAGGCGCAGGCGACCGGGCCUCCCCUCCAUGGGCGUCUUCCUUUGGGUGACUCGCCAUAAAUCAGCCGCAAGGAUCCUUCCCUAUAAAUUUGACAGUGCCACAUACUGCGGACCAAGGGACUCCAAUCUGGUAAUGGUGUCCCAAAGGUAAGUCUGAGACCCAUCGGCGGCGCGCCCUGCAGAGGGACCAGAGCUUGGAGAGUCUUGGGCCUGGCCCGCGUCUAGCUUAGUUUCAGAGACCUUAAUUUAUAUUCUCCUUCCUGUGCCGUAAGGAUUGCAUCGGACUAAACUAUCUGUAUUUAUUAUUUGAAGCGAGUCAUUUCGUUUCCCUGAUUAUUUAUCCUUGUCUGAAUGUAUUUAUGUGUAUAUUUGUAGAUUUAUCCAGCCGAGCUUAGGAAUUCGCUUCCAGGCCGUGGGGGCCACAUUUCACCUCCUUAGUCCCCCUGGUCUGAACUAGUUGAGAGAGUAGUUUUGAACAGUCGUAACCGUGGCUGGUGUUUGUAGUUGACAUAAAGGAUUAAGACCGCAAAUUGUCCUUCAUGGGUAGAGUCAGGAAGCCCGGUGGCGUGGCACAACACACUUCGGUCAUUUCUCAAAAACCACAGUCCUCACCACAGUUUAUUGAUUUCAAAUUGUCUGGUACUAUUGGAACAAAUAUUUAGAAUAAAAAAAUUUCCCAGUCGGAAGUGUAUCUGUGUUAAUCAUGCACACUUGCAAGCAGAUCACUAUGCCUUUAUCUCGCACAAUCCCCAUGGAAGGCCCCGAAACAGACUGACACUUUGAAAAAAAUAUUUUAUUUAUUUGGAGUCUAGUGCAUAAAUUGGUUCUGGGGAUACUUGAUUACUUUCCAGCUAUUGAAAUUAGGGGAGGGGGAAAUGAGGAUGCAAACCUAAGAAGGUUCUGGGCAGGAUGAUUUGGGCAGGGCUUUUUGAAAGCAGCGCCUGCUUUGCUGUUUUUACUGCCUUCUUUGUAGACACAAUCGACUUUUACACUGGGGAGACCAGAGCUCACUUUUCUGCAUUAAGUAACAAAAUAAACUUUGAAAGAAAACUGACAAUCAAAGAAAAAACACAAGAGAAGUUGUAAGAAGAAUUGAGCUAUGAAAAAGCUAAGGUGUAGAAAAAGAAACCAUCAUUUGGAGACGCGCACCUAAGCUUUUUCUCUAGGAAAUGCUGUCAUGAAUUCUUCCUUUGUAGUGAUCAUUAGUUCAUUUCUAAAGAAAACAAACAUUCCCCAAGAUGUAAAGUAAUAAAAGUUUCAUUAAUGAAACAUAACAAGUAUAAACACCUUGUUUACUCCUGUUUCUUAUACAAAAUGGGCAAAAAUGUCUUCAAGGAUUUAUAACCAUUUUGUAAAUAUUAAUGUGGCUUCUGCUAGGGGUGGACAACUUCCUGGCUUCUAUGGGAGGGGCCACUUAGAAAACGCCUUCAGAUAAGGUUCAAUUCUUUUGUAUUUCAGCAAAGUCAGCCCACGCAUCUCUAUUUGGUUUGACAAAUAAUGCAACUCCUACUACAUCCCCGAUGACACGAAGUGAAAUUCCUAUUGUGUGGAAAUAAUUUAACUUCUAAUCUUCUGGUGGAACAACAAUCGUUUCUAUUUGGAUGUUUGUAUUUCACUAAGUAAUGAUGGCUCAAAAUAAUAUUUAGUUUCCUUGUUCCUUUGUGCUGUUUCUAAAAUGGCAUGUUAGAUUUGGGGGUGGGAGGGGAUAUCCUUUUGCUAAAUUUCACUUUAUCUGAGCAGGUUUAAAAUAUAUAUGUUGUAGAAGUGUAUCAACAGAAUAAAUGACUUCAAUCGAAGGCACAUUUCACCCACUUUCAAGGCUUAACAUUGUUUUCUAUGAAAUUUGCAUCCAUAGGCAGAAUUUCUAAUUGUCUUGUAAGAAAUUAUUUUUUAAGCUAUUAGAGAAAUCAAAGGAGAGCUCACUGCCUUGCAGGGAUUACAACCACCUUUCUUAACUGGCUAAAUAUUAACUAGCUUAAUUGUCAGGCUGCUUAGAUUCAACCCGAUUUUCCCUCAUCUCCUCUUCCUACCAUAAAUAAUAAUAAAAAUACAUAAUGUGUCAUGGCUCCAGGCGUUUUCCAGCACAGUGUGUUACUGCAGGAGUAUCUGCUGAGUCUGCGGGUGUCUGCAAAGCCCCAAGUGUCAUUUGCGGCUUAGGGUUUCAUGGAUUAGACUUUAAACGGUGUCUAGCCCGGCUGACAUUAGCUUCCUCUCACACUCAGGCUCCAAGGAAGUGUGGGAUCAGGGGCUCCCUCUCCAGGCAGCCACAGCUUUCCCCGACGCCCUCCUCUCGAGUGGGGUGAGGGCUUGGACCAAAUCUGCCACCUUCUGUCAUCUCUGGAGGUUCCCGAGACUUCUAAUAGCUCGGAUCUGUUCCUGCCAUUGGCGUGAGACUCAUCUGAGGGGCGUGGGUGGGGGUGGGCGGCGAGCCGUGGGAGGGCGCGUUUCCGCGCGGCUGCCAGUCCGGGAGAAAGUUGGGGCCCGCGGCACAGCCAUUUAAAACUUCAUAAAUUAUAAACAAGCCGCCUUGGCCUUCGCAAUAAAUUCCGCUCCUUUUGAGCCUGCAAUUAGUGUUAGAAAGCACCCGAGUCUAAACACAACCAAACGCCCUCUGAAGGGCCCAACUGCCUGAGGUUGCAAACCUUUAUUUCCCAGCGCCACCCCCUCUCCGACUGAGGUUUGCACACACAGUCGCCUCCUCCCCCGCCACCGCCGGCGGUACACACUCGGCUGGGUUCCCGCUCUGCAAGGGAAGGUCACAAUAGCUGCUCUAUCGGCUGCGGAGGCGCCUGCCGCCUCCCUCCCGAGUCUCAGAAGCAGAAAAACAAGAGAAUGGGGGAGGGGAGGCCCCAGCAACAGCGCCCUUUGCGGGAGGCAACCUCCACCCUAGCCAGGGUCUCUCUCCCGGGACGAGUGCUCGCAGAGGGUUGCGGGGAGGGCAAAGGGAGCGCACCAAGACCACGAGGCUGCUCCAGGCCUUGCCGCAGGGCGCUGGGUUGAGGGUGCCCGGAGCAGCCUCGCCAUUGUGUGUCAGGUUUUCCCACGGGAUCCGUGAUGGGGGAGGCCAUAUAAAGGGAGCUCGGAUCCGGGCCUCUCCGGCACUGGUCUCUGGGAGGGUCUACCUCGUUUGCCCAAGGGGAAGAAAUGGCUCUGUCUCCGGCCUUAGCCAGCUCUGCUUUUUUCCUAUAGAGACCACUUUGGGGAAGGUGGGGAUCAGGGAGAUUGUGGGUCCUCCUGGGGUCUGAAGAAAGGGGUCAGGGCAGGAUCUCAGGCCCAUGGCUGAGGGGUGGCAGUCGUCUGGACAUUCUAGGUGGUUCUGUCCAGGCAAUCAAAUAUGAAUUAAGGCAGGAUAGCUGUGAGGCAGCCAGAAUGGCCAGCUGCAAAACGGGAGGUGGGGGUGGGGAAGGAGAUGCAGACAGUGAGAGCUUUCCCUGCAACCAAGAAAAACUCAGGAUCCAGCUAGGAGUUGAAGUGCUGAGACCCAACUGAACUAGCCAGGAAGAAUGGGGAAGUGGCAGAAGAAAGGCCUGGAGAGUAGUCCUGGUCACUGGUAAGCAGGUCAGAAAGGGCGAUUAAGUACAUAUUCUGUCUCCUGGCUUUCAGACCUCCACCUUAUCCAGGGACCUGACAGAGAAAAAUCUGCCUCUGAUGGAAUCAUUAAGUUAACCAUCCAUUUGUACCAUUUCUUUGUACAGGCUUUCAAACGACAGAGAGGAGAGAAUACAGGAGGAGAAUGUUUCCCCUUGGUGCAGCCCUAAGCUCCCUAUCAGAGACACAUCAGCCAAAUUAGUUUCUGAGGCUCACAGGCUGCUAACAUUGCUGAACAAGAUUUUUCGAAUUUCUAUGUGUUAGGAGUAUUAAAAGAUAGUGAUUACCUAUACUAGCAGCCUUUGUCCCUUUUCUCUUCCCUAGUCUGUACCAGCCCACUGGCCCUUGAGUGAAGUGCAUCUUCUCAGCCUGCGGACUUGGGAGCUCAGGCUCUCCAUCUGUUGAGGUUUUUCAUUAGGGAGACUACAGAGGAUGUGUGUGGGUGUGUGUUUGAAUAACAAAGAAGUAACCCUUCAUUCUAAUAAAAGUGUUCCUCUGCUUGACCUGGAGGAGCCAGAAGCUUGUUUAUACCUUCAGUAUUCAAGGGACAGUCACAGGCCUGUUUUGACCUUUUCCUGAGAAUUAGCUGAAACUUCCCUCUAAAGUCAAGUAGUGAAUCUGUUAUAGGUCUAAGGAAGGUCCUCUUCAUCUGGGAGUUCUUGGCAUUACUUUGGUCCUUCUUUCAGAAACUGAAAGAAAAGAAUAGGAAGAACAGAAGUUUGUGAGUAGGCAGGAAGGGACAUGGAUGACCCCAGUCUUCACAGGACUAUGGCCUGAUCACUUCGAGGCACUGCAACUUCCCAGACAGAGUAUAUAUGUAGGGCUUGGGUUGAGGGGCCCUGUUCCGACACUUUGGGCACAGGAAGCUGAGACUGGGCUGUCACUAGCCAAGCCCUUACCAUCUUUGAGGGCUGGUUCUUAGAUCUCUCUUGCAGAAGGCCUGGAUAGAAAGGAGAAAGAUUGGGUAUAUUGGGAGGCUGAGACAGGAGAAUCGUUUGUACCUGGGAGGCGAGGUUGCAGUGAGCUGAGAUCACACCAUUGCACUCCAGCCUGGGCAUCAAGAGUGAAACUCUAUCUCAAAAAAAAAAAAAAAAAAAAAAAAAAAAAAAAAAAAAGAUUGGGUACAUAAGUCCUCUGCACUUUUUGCACUGGUGAUGCUGGAGAGGAAGGAUGGUGAAUGAUAAGGACCAUCACAGAGGAUGAAAUCUUAGUUCUCAUUGUUCCCUUCUUUUCUACUCCAGCUACAAAUGCCCUUAUCUUUGGAGUCCAAGGUUGGGAACAAAUGGAUUUAAGUACCUGGCCUAAAGCCUAUUCCUAAAAACUUCCCUCAGGUUUCACACCUACCUUGGCAAGUUGGAAAGUGCAAAGACAAUAUAAGGGCCCAUUUUCAGGCCAGGUCCAGCAUGAAACAGAGUGAACAAAAUUAGUUCCACACAUUAGGGAAGAGCCAAGGCAGACGAAUAUCCAAUCAUUUGCAGUAGUAGAGGCAGGUGAAGGGUCCCCAGAUCUGUAAGGCAGGAGUUACUGCAUGAGUCUUUCUGUCCUAGAUCUUGGGCAAAAUGUCCUGAUUGGUUCCUAUAGCUAGUCUGGAUUAUUUUAAGGAAAGAAUACUACCUGGAGAAAUCAUAAAAGCUGGCUUUUAACAUUAGUAAGGGCCAGAAGAAUUUAAAUUCUAAUUUAAACCAAAAUUCAUGGAGAGCUCUGGUACAGGGAGUGUUUUUACCUGGGAAGCAGGGCUCAAAACCUGGCCAGGAGGGCUUGUUGGGCCAGGAAUGUCCGUGGUUGGUGAGGAGGCUGGGAGAAGGCCUUUUUGAUGGCUCCAUUGUUCACAGCGCUGCCCUACAAAUACCAUAUCCCUCCCCACCUCCUCUGCAAGGGUCGAGCGGAAGAGUAGGUCUGGUGAGCUGAGCUCUAGGGAGCUGGUACCAUCUUCCCUCAAUCCCCCUCGGUUACCCCUUGGGGCAGCAACGACGCCAUCCCAGCCCCUUCCAGAGAACACACAAAGGAAGCCCCACCCGUCCUUAGACCUGAGGACACGCUCGGGAGCGGGCUGACGUGGACCCCGUUUCAGGGCGCCCCGGGCCCCUGCGGGGAACAAUAGCCGCCGCCUCCUGGGCGGUCUGGCGGGCGCGCUGCACAAACGUCCGCGCCGCCACGUGAUGCGCGCGCUCUCCGCGCCUCAGCGAGCGGCCAGGCUGCGGGUGGGGUGGGCGGGUGCUCCUGAUCCACCUGGAACACUUUUGCAAAGACAGACGCGGUUCCUCCUACUUCAGAGCAAGUCUGGGCCAGCUGGGAUCCGACCAGAAACCGCAAGCGGAGGAGACGCAGGAGCGCAGGCUGAGCGCUAACUGAAGGCGCGACCUGAGCCCGGCGCCUGCUGGGGAGCUGCGCAGCCAGGACAGCGGUCGGCAGCACAGGGCCUGGGCGCAGGGCCCGCCGUCACCACCUCACGUCGGGAGCCAGCACUGCUGCCCGCCAGCCCUGCGGCCUGCCCUCGGACUUCCCAGGGCGCCCAGGGUCCUCCCAACGCGCCUGCACCCACACCCGCCCCUGAGCCACAGUGACCUUGCAUUCCCCGCCCCCUGCCACACCUCCUGCGUGCCCGAGUGUCACCCUUAAAUACCGCUCUACACCCAGAGAGUGACGAAUACACCUCUGAAGACAGGGCAAGACUAAUUUCAAUGGGUCAGAAGGUUCUUGCAGGCACUGUUUUAUUUAAGAGUGCCUAUUUACUGGCAGGAGUAUUUGUGUGGGAGGAAGUAGGCUAAGACUGCUGUUGAACUUGAAGCUAAACUUGAAUGCCAUUUAAAAUAACAAUAAAAAUACACUUAAAACACCAA